AUGAAGUGCCGCUGGAAAAUCGUUCUGGCAGCUCCUCUGUUUCUUCUUCUGCCCCUUCACUCCUUGGCCUCUCCAGCCUAUGACGGCCAGCCCAGCACCAACCACUCUAAUGGCCACGCCUGUGUAGGGUGUGUGCUGGUGGUAUCUGUGAUUGAACAGCUGGCUCAAGUUCACAACUCUACGGUCCAGGCUUCAAUGGAGAGACUGUGCAGCUACUUGCCUGAAAAACUGUUCUUGAAAACCACCUGCUAUUUAGUGGUUCACACGUUUGGAUCAGACAUCAUAAAACUGCUCAGCGCAAAUAUGAAUGCUGAUGUGCUGUGUCACACUGUGGGCUUCUGUAAACAGGACCCUGGACAGCCCCUGUGUCACCUCUACCCCCUUCCCAAGGAGGCGUGGACACUUACGCUAGAGAAGGCGAGACGAACCGUUGAGAAAUCCCUGACUCUGAAAUAUCCUAGCAGUGGUUCUGACAUUUGCUCACUCCCGUUUUUGGUCAAGAUCUGUCAGGAAAUUAAAUCAGCCAUAAAAAAUUCUGUGCCUUUCAAAGAUGUAGAUUCAGACAAAUACAGCAUUUUCCCAACACUGCGGGGCUAUCAUUGGCGAGGCAGAGACUGUAAUGACAGUGAUGAGACAGCAUACCCAGGCAGAAGGCCCAACAACUGGGAUGCACAUCAGGAUUCAAACUGUAAUGGCAUUUGGGGUGUUGAUCCAAAAGAUGGAAUUCCAUAUGAAAAGAAAUUCUGUGAAGGCUCACAGCCCAGAGGAAUCAUUUUGCUGGGAGACUCAGCUGGGGCUCAUUUUCACAUCUCUCCCGAAUGGAUCACGGCGUCGCAGAUGUCUUUGAACUCCUUCCUCAAUUUACCAACAGCCCUUACUGAUGAGCUGGACUGGCCCCAACUCUCUGGUGCCACUGGAUUUCUGGACUCUACUAGCAGAAUUAAAGAAAAAUCUAUUUACCUUCGUUUAUGGAAAAGAAACCACUGCAAUCACAGGGACUACCAGAGUAUUUCAAGAAAUGGUGCAUCUUCCCAAAACCUGAACAAGUUUAUAGAAAGCUUGUCCAGGAACCAACUGUCGGACCAUCCAGCCAUCGUCAUAUACGCCAUGAUUGGAAACGAUGUCUGCAAUGGGUAUAGUGACCCAGUCCCAAAAAUGACCACUCCUGAGAAAUUGUACUCCAAUGUCAUGCAGACUCUGAAGCAUCUGAAUUCCCACCUGCCCAAUGGCAGCCACGUUAUUUUUUACGGCUUACCAGAUGGAACCUUUCUCUGGGAUCAUUUGCACAGCAGAUAUCAUCCUCUCGGCCAGCUAAAUAGAGACGUGACCUACGCGCAGCUGUACUCCUUCCUGAGCUGCCUCCAGGUCAGCCCCUGCCAUGGCUGGAUGUCUUCCAACAAGACGCUCCGGACUCUCACUUCAGAGAGAGCAGAACAACUCUCCAAUACACUGAAAAAAAUUGCAACCAGCGAGAAAUUUACGAACUUCGAUCUUUUCUACAUGGAUUUUGCCUUUCAAGAAAUCCUAGAAGAGUGGCAGAAGAGAGGCGGGCAGCCCUGGCAGCUCAUUGAAUCAGUGGACGGAUUCCACCCCAACGAGGUGGCGUCACUGCUGUUGGCAGACCGCUUCUGGAAGAAGGUACAACGCCAGUGGCCCCAGGUCCUAGGAAAGGAGAAUCCAUUCAACUCCCAAAUCGAGCAGGUGUUUGGAGACCAAGGAGGGCACUGA